AUGACAAAAGAUAACCUGAUCACGCUUAUGUUAGAUCACGUGAAUAAUUUAAUGUAUCACAAGUGGCCUCAUGAUCCAAAACUCGCUGAAAUAUGGCGAAAGCAAGUAGCGAAGACUCGAGGUGAUGUAUUCAAUCCUUCCCCUAGUGCUGGUGGUACUUUCGUCUGUGCAAAUAUUUUUUCUCUGGACGAAGAAAUCCUGAAAACCCUAAAACGGAUUAUCCCUCAAUUUUUAGGACUGUCUCCGAUUACCUCCAAAAAAAGUCACCUAAGAAAAGGAAAGCGAACAAGUUACAAGAAGCUGGUUCUUCAAAAUGCUUGUUCGGGCUCAACCUCGAAGAGUGUAGUGAUGAUAGUGAGGGAAGUGAUGAAGAGAUGGAAACCGAUACGGACCACUCCGUUUUAG